AUGCAGAGUCUUGGCAAGAAGAACCACAGCUCUGUGUCUGAGUUCCUUCUCCUUGGCUUCUCCAGUGAGUUGCAUGUCAGAACCGCCCUGUUCACUUUCUUCCUCCUUCUCUACAUCAUCACCCUUCUGGGCAAUGGACUCAUCAUCACCCUGAUCUACCUGGAUUCACACCUCCACACACCCAUGUACUUCUUCCUCAGCAUCCUCUCCUUGGUGGACAUAAGCUAUGUCACCACCACUGUGCCCCAAAUGUUGGUUAAUAUGGUGUGUCCAAGGAGGAUGAUCUCCUGGGGAGCUUGUGUAGCCCAGAUGUUCAUUUUCUUGGUCCUGGGUAUUGCUGAGUGUGUCCUCUAUGCCGUUAUGGCCUACGACAGGUAUGUGGCCAUUUGCUUCCCCCUCCACUAUACCCUACUCAUGAGCCGUGCCAUUUGUAUCAAGAUGGUCACAGUCUGUUGGCUCAUCACCAUAGCUGGGGCUCUUAUCUACAGUAUCUUCACCAUGCGUCUGCCUUAUUGUGGUCCCUACAAGAUAAACCACUUCUUUUGUGAGGUCCCUGCUGUCCUGAAGCUGGCCUGUGCAGACACCUCCUUCAAUGACCAGUUGGAUUUCGUCUUGGGUUUCAUCCUUCUUUUGGUGCCACUGUCCCUCAUCCUGGCCUCUUAUGUCCGCACCUUUGCCUCCAUCUUGAGGAUCUGCUCAUCCCAGGGGAGGUUCAAGUCCUUCUACACCUGUAUUACCCAUGUCACUGUGGUCACCAUGUUCUAUGGACCAUGCAUGAUCAUGUACAUGAGACCUGGCUCCUGGUUCGACCCAGAGCGGGACAAGAAGUUAGCCCUGUUCUACAACGUUGUCUCUGCCUUCCUCAACCCCAUCAUCUGCAGCCUCUGGAACAAGGAUGUAAAGGGAGCCUUUCUGAAGGUAUUUGGUGGUAGAGGGAAAGCUCAGUGA